CCGCUGCUACUUCUCCGACCUAUUUGUACCAUAAGUCUGGUGAACACAGCACAGUUUGCACAGUUCUGACGCCUCGUUGACAGCUCGGCGUUGAUUCUGUCAUGGCUCAGGAAAAUUUGUCCGUGGUGUUGCAUGCUAAGGGAGACCUCAGGCUUGAAACCCGUCCAGUUCCAGAGCCAGGACCUAAUGAGGUGUUGCUUCAGAUGCACUCUGUGGGAAUCUGUGGGUCAGAUGUGCACUACUGGCAGCAUGGCCGAAUUGGGGACUUUGUACUCAAAAAACCUAUGGUGCUGGGCCACGAAGCUGCAGGGCGAGUGGUGAAGGUCGGAUCAGCGGUCACACACCUUAAACCAGGUGAUAGGGUGGCUAUUGAGCCUGGCGUGCCCCGCGAGAUGGAUGAGUUCUUCAAAGGAGGACAAUAUAACUUGUCCCCCACCAUCUUCUUCUGUGCCACGCCACCUGAUGAUGGAAACUUGUGCAGAUACUACACACACAGCGCCAACUUCUGCUACAAGUUGCCUGAUAAUGUCACCUUUGAGGAGGGGGCGCUCAUCGAACCUCUCUCUGUGGGGAUUCAUGCCUGUCGUCGGGCCGGUGUCACCCUCGGCAGCACUGUUCUCAUCUGCGGUGCAGGACCCAUUGGAUUGGUUAGCUUGCUUGUAGCCAAGGCAAUGGGGGCCUCGAAAGUCAUCAUCACUGAUCUGUUCGCAGAGCGCCUGGGAAUGGCCAAGGAACUAGGUGCAGACUUCCAGCUGACGGUGAAGAAGGGUGAUGGACCCCAGCAGCUGGCAAAGACUGUCGAGGACACCCUUGGAGCUCAGCCUCAAAUCACCAUCGAAUGUACCGGAGUGGAGAGCUGCAUCCAAACUGCGCUUUAUGCAACACGUUCAGGAGGUGUGGUGAUGCUGGUGGGUCUUGGUGCUCCGAUGACUACCGUUCCCCUCGUCAAUGCUGCUGUGAGAGAAGUGGACAUCAGAGGAGUCUUCCGCUACUGCAAUACCUGGCCAAUGGCUAUUGCCAUGUUGUCAUCAGGCAAAGUGAAUGUAAAGCCCCUUGUGACCCACCGCUUUCCCCUGGAGCAGGCAGUGCAGGCCUUUGAGACCACGCGUCAGGGUCUUGGGAUAAAGGUCAUGUUAAAGUGUGACAAAAACGACCAGAGCCCUUGAACCCUGUGGCGAAACAAAUCAGAUCUGCUGAGAUUGACUCAGCAUGAUGGGCAUAAAGUGGACUCUGGCCCCAGAAAGAUAACAAAACAAGUUCAAAGGAAAACACCGUAAUCGCAGUGCUGUGAAAAACAUUUAUCUUCAGAUGGUACUUUUUAAUUAUGCUUGGUCAGGUCUCUGACAGCUACAUCCAUGUAUGUAAUUUAUAAUGUGUAACACAUUAUUGUGGAAAAAAAACAUUUUUUUAGAAUAAAUGUAAAAUAAAAAAGUGCCUCUUUUCUUUUACCUGCUAACAUGCACUACCUAUGUUUUAACAUUAGUGGGCACCAGAGGCUUAGGAAAGAAUGAUUAGACAACAAUUGUACCAGGAAGUGUCAGUUGCUAAUUGUGCAUUGUUUUUGUAAUAAAUCUGUGAAUUUAAAGCUG